UUCGCAUAUCAAUUUUUUAGUGAUGUUGUUACAUUUGAUACAACAUAUAAAACCAACAAGUAUGAUAUGCCAUUUGCACCCUUCACUGGAUUGAAUCAUCAUUUUCAAUCCAUCUUAUUUGGAUGUGCUUUGUUGCAAGAUGAGACUCAGAGGUCGUUUGAGUGGUUGUUUAGAACAUGGUUAGAUGCAAUGGGUGGUAAAUAUCCAGUGUCAAUAAUAACAGAUCAAGACUUAGCAAUGAAAGCUACCAUAGCCAAUGUUUUCCCACAUACUCGUCACCGGUUAUGUUUAUGGCACAUAAAAAAAAAAAAAAAUUGCUGAGAAGCUUUCCCACUUAUACCACAAAAAUUCAACUUUCAAGCGUAAAUUGAAAUCUUGUAUUCGUGAUUCGCCAUCUAUAGAAUACUUUGAAGAAGAAUGGGAACGUAUGAUGGUUGAUUAUAAUUUGAAGGAGAAUGAAUGGCUUAAAGGGUUGUACGAUAUAAGAAAAUCAUGAAUUCCUGUUUUCAACAGAUGCACUUUUUUUGCCGGCAUGAACACUACACAAAGGAGUGAGAGUAUUAAUGCCUUUUUUGAUUCUUUUGUUAAUUCUUCAACAACACUACAAGGUUUUGUAGUUAAAUUUGACAAGGCAAUGGAUAGCCGCUAUGAAAAACAAAGAAGAGAGGAUUUUGAAUCAAGGCAUCGAUUGCGACUCGUAGUUGUUAAGUCAAAAAUUGAGGAGCAUGCAGCAUCAAUAUAUACAAGAAACAUUUUUGGGAAGUUUCACGAUGAGUUUAUAAAGAUUAUUCAAUUUAGGAGGGAAAAACUUGAAAAAUAAGGGUCUCAGUAUAAAUAUAAGGUAUCUAAUGAUUAUGACUCGAAAGACACAUUCAUAGUUUGUGUGAAUCUGGAGACAAAGGUUGCUACUUGUGACUGUCAGCUUUUUCAAUUGAUGGGAUUGCUAUGUAGGCAUAUCUUGGUGAUUUUUCAUGCAAAAAAUGUUGCAGAAAUUCCAGACAUGUAUAUUUUAAAGCGUUGGACAAAGGAUGCUAACAAAGGUGUUGUGUUUAUUGAAGAUGGACCAAAGUCUUCCUCUACAGGAAACUCAUCAACUUUGCAAAGUUUACAUGUACACAAACAAGCAAGUUUGUUACCUGAUCUUGCAGCAAAAUCUGAGAAAAUAUAUAAGCUGAUAUCAUCUGAUUUGGAGGAAACAUACAAAAAAGCUUUGAUAAUGGAAGCUGAAUUAGACAAUGAGAGCGACAUAAUUCCUCCAGAUGCAAGUUGUCAAAAUCUGAUACAUGAGCAACCAAGUGAGUCUUCAGAACCAAUUAUCAGAGAUCCACUCCCAUCACAAACUAAAGGAAGAAAAAAAGAUUCAAUCAAAGAGACUCAAAAUGGAAGGAUCAAAAGUAGUCUAGAGUUAUCGGUAAACCGAACAACAGUCAAAAGAAAAUCUUGCCAAGUUUGUGGUCUACACGGUCACAAUAAGCGAAGUUGUAAGGAAAAAGAUAAAAGAUCAUGAUGCAUUGAAGAUUUUUCUGCAAAAGAUAAGCAAAGGAGGAUACUUGAUUACAUUGGAACCUCAUUCAACUCUGGUGUUUAAUUUGUGUGCAGAAAAGAAGGAUAUCAAACUCAACAUCUAUUUUAUUACCUUUUGUAUUUUUUUCUUUUGAACAAUUGUAUUGCCUUGUUUACUUUUAUUUUGGAGACAAUGUUUAUGUUGCUUAAAUAUUGAUACUACAGCUGCCCAUUCAAUCAACAUUUU